AUGUCGACCUCAAGCAACGGAAGACUCAAGUUUGAGGCUACAGGCCAGCAGGACGUUGCGCAGCAAGCCCUGAAGGAUCUGGUCCAGCAGAUUGGCACGACGCAAACGAUCAAGGUCCCCAUUCCCCAGUCCGCGCGAGCCCACAUCAUCGGUCGCCAGGGGUCCACCAUCAAGGCCCUGCAGCAGAAGUCGGGUGCCCGCAUCCAGAUGCCCAAGCAGGAUGAGAACGUGCCCCAAGAUGAUGAUGAUGACGAUGCCGUUAUUGACGUCAUUGUGGAAGGCAAUGCGGUUUCUGCGGCUGCAGCUCGUAACGAGAUACUGAAGAUCGUUGGUGACCGCGGCGCCAGUGCCACGACCAAGCUUCGCGAUAUCCCCGCGCAGUUCUACCCCUUUAUUGCCGGCCCCAACAACAGCCUGCUCGCCCCUUUCGAGACCGAUGGCGUUCAGAUUCGCGUUCCACCGUACCAGGCGUGGGCCUCGGAGCCUCUCCCCGCUGUUCCCAACGCUGGACAGCGCCCUACGUUUGCGCCCGCCUCUCGUGACAACCACAUCUCGCUUGCUGGUGACCGCGCUUCCGUUCAGGCCGCCCGCUCCGCCAUUGAUCGGCGUGUUCAGGAGCUGCACGACCAGCUCCUGAUGCAGCAGGUGUCUAUUCAGCCUGGUCGUCACCAAUUCAUCAUUGGCCCCCGUGGCGUUACUGCUGAUCAGUUCUUGUCCGAGACUGGCUGUGCCAUCUUCCUGCCUGACGAUGGCGACAACGACACCAUUACUGUCAUUGGGCCCCAGCAACACAUUGACAAUGGUUCCUGCGUCACCGUGGCCUUCUCGCCCAGCUUGAGGAGGCACACAAACUUCCACGCCAAUACCCCUCGUGCCUCCGAUGGUGGUGCUCUUCCCUGGGAGCUGUACGCACGUGAUGGCAAGAACGCUUUGAAGGCUCAGAGCAGCAUUAGCAGCCUUGUGAACGCCUUCCCUCCCUCCAGACUCUCGGCCAUUCCCGUCGACCCCUUUUUCCACGCAUAUCUCCGUAAGGACGUCACUCCUCGCAUGACACAGUCUCACGGCGUCCACGUCAUCCUUCCUGGCGCCGAGGACAGCGACGGCCCCGUUCUUCUUGUGUUUGAGGGACCCUCUGCUACCGAGUCUAAGCCCGAAAUCAAAGCAGGUGCCCCUUCAGCUGACGAGAUCAAGGCUUUCCAGCAGGGCAUCGAAGAGGCGAGCAAGCAUAUACUGGACAUCAUCAACAAGCAAGAGAAUAUCACUGCUGCUUCUGUUGACGUGCCUCAUAAGUUCCACGAGCGUCUUCGACGCUUCAUCAAGAAGGAGCAAGCUCAGCGUGCUGCUGAUCAGAUCCCUGUGCGCGUCUCUUCGACGGGCACGACUGUCACUGUCCGUGGUCCCGCUUCGGCUGUCACUUCAUUCGAGACCAAGAUCAAAGAGUUUGUUGAACAGGAGAAGCAAGACGACAAGGAGCGUGGCUUCACCAUGGACUUUGACUUCCCUCAGAAGUUCGCCAACCACCUCAUUGGCAAGGGCGGCAGCAACAUCAACGAGCUGCGUGAGCGCUUCGACGUCGAGAUUCAGGUCAACGAGGGCAAGGUUGAGCUGAAGGGUCCUAAGGCCAAGGCCGAGGCUGCCAAGGCUCACAUCCUUUCUCAGGGUAAGGCCUGGGCCGACGAGGCCACACACAUCAUCAAGGUCGACCCCAAGUUCCACAAGGACCUCAUUGGAUCCCAGGGCAGUGUGAUCAACCGUCUGCAGACGAAAUCUUCCCCGCGGAUCCUGGAGCUCGUAUCCUCGAAGGAGAACCAGGUCACCGAGAUCUUGGAGGUUCUUACUGACAAGCACAGGACCCUUAUCGGCAGGGGUGGCGAGACCAAGCGUCAGCUCGAGACGCAGCUGUCGGUUUCUAUCGAUGUGCCAAGACAGGGCGACGGCAAGACUGGCGUGAAGCUUACGGGCAGUUCCGAGAACGUGGCCAAGGCCAAGGAGCACCUUGCUUCGCUGGUCAAGGAACAGGAGGGUGAGGCGCUGCAGGUUCCCCGCAGUCUCCACCACGCCGUCUCGAACAACGGCCAGAUCUUCCGUCAGCUGCGCAGCAACCACCAGGUCACGGUCAGCCACGACGGACAGUCGGUGCCAGCCAAGUCUUCUGCCACUCGCGCCAACGGCGGUGCUCUGCCUCUGAUUACGGACGACGAGGAGACGACGGCCGAUGCCCAUUCUUGGAAGGUCGAGAGCGUUGGCUCCACCGAAGAGGGCGACAUUGCUUGGGUGCUGCGCGGCCCCCCCGAGGGCGUCGAGAAGGCCAAGGCCAGCAUCAACAAGGCGAUCGAGGAGGCCCGCAAGAACACUACUGUCGGCUAUCUGAUCCUUCCCGACCCCAAGACAUACCGUUUCGUCAUUGGUCAGGGCGGCUGCACGGUCAACACGAUCCGCAAGCACAGUGGCUGCAGGAUCACAGUGCCUCGCAGCGACUCCCAGGAGGAGGCCAUCGAGGUUGUCGGCACUGCUGAUGGUGUCGAGCAGGCAAAGGACCUCAUCCUGGCGGCCGUCCGUGAGGGUCAGGUUCCCCGUGAGCCCCGCGAGUAA